AUGUCUGAAUCCGGAAAACUGAGUAAUAAAGCCGCCACGACUACCCAGAAACCAGUUUUGACAACGGAUGCAGCUGGUAUUACCAAAGCCUAUGACUACAUUCCUAUUAAUUUUGAUACCAUAGAUGACAUCAACAGUGGUUUAUUAUCCUCUAACAUCAAACUAGAAACAGCUGGUUCUGAACAAAAGCAACACUCAAGGAUACAAGUUAAGAAAGGCCCUAAUGGCCAAGAUUACGAAUACGAAUACAUUUACUAUUAUUAUGAUGAAGAUGAAGAAGGCAAAAAAGAUGAAAAUGAAAAGACGAGUGUUACUACUACUACUACUAGUACAGAGAAAAUACCAGAAUCUACACUCAACUCUCAUGAUGGGCCAGCGAAGUUAGAAUCUGAGAAUCAAAUAAAUAAAGACAGUAAAAGAAGUAAAUAUAGCACUAUUGACAGAUCGAGUGCUACCACUGCGGCAAGCGCUACAGUGCAAAAUGAAAUUUUACCCACAGCGAGCCGAGGUCGUUCCCGUGGUCGUAAUAUAGCCCCGGCACCAGUAGACGAAGAGAUUGAAGAUGAAAGGCUUCCGUCAAGUACUCGUUUCCCGCCUCGUGGUCGUAACUUAGCUGCAGGCACGUCUACUACUACCCAAGUGCCGGAAACGACGUCGGAAACGAUUAAGCAUCGAGGCCGUCCACAAAGCGACAGUGUUGCUGACGAAUCCAUUGGCCAAACAAGAAGUAGAGCACGAGCUCAUAUCAGACGACCGAGUUCAGAGCUCGUAGAUCUUGAUAGUUUCAAGACUCACUCAGGGGACAUUCCGUCUCAAUACAAGGAGCCCCCUACGAGAUAUUCUUCCGAAAGCAAAUCUGCAGCUGAAGUCACAGAAGAACCAUCGCAUUCCACAGACGCUUUGAGAGAAGGUCACAGUUUAAGCGGCAAUAUUAUAUUCCAAGAAAUAUUAGACGAUUCGAAAUUGCCCCCCGAUUACAAGCAAACUACAACAUACGAUCAGGAUACAACCGAGUACACGACAAUGACCGCAAUGGAAAAGGUCGCCCUCGAUCUAUACGCUUACUUAGCUGGUGAAAACUUGAACAACGAAGUAAGCUCAACUAACGACAUGUUAAGUUUUGAUGGUUCUUCGACCACUGUUAAUGACGAUGCGUGGACCACCGAACUGAUUUCCACCACUGAAGAGGACACAACUACCAGCACUACUACUACGACCACCACGACCACGACAACCACAACCACCACACCGGCCCCGACGACGACGACCACUACGACGGCAGCGCCAUCUACGCGCCCUUCGAGGUUUAAGGGACGCCCAGGAGCUCGUGGCCGUGCUUCGGUUUCAACAAGCGCUGCCACCGAAGCUCCGCAAGAAACCGCCACUAGAGCCCGAGGUCGAUUCGGGAAGCCAAACGGCGGCCGGAAGACCACAGCCGCCGCAUCAGCCGGUGCACCAGCCGCCACGGACUCCACCUCUGCGUCCCCUGUCGACAAGCCGACGGCCCAACCUAAGGGCUAUGGUCGUCGAGGACUGUUUGCGGGCAGGACGCGCCCCAGCUCCACCACAGCCGCGCCAUCACAGGACGCAUCAAACGCACCGACCGAAGUCUCUGCGCCUAGAGCCCGUCUGCGCCCUGGAUUGAGGCGAGGUCUGACCACUGCUGGCACAACAGUGGCUCCAUCCUCCGCCGCCUCAGGGUCUUCGGCAGAGGAGACUACUGGCCCAAGCGCAGGCUCCGGCGAGGUCGCGGAAACCACCACCGCACUCGUCAGAACCAUCGGCCGCAGGCCCGGCCAGCUGCGCCCGGUGCCGUCCCUGCGGCCCGGGCCCAGGCUGAACCUGAGGCCGGGCGCGCGCGCCAGGCCAGGCCCCGCCAGCGCCGCGCCCACAGACGCCGCGGAGACGCCGGCGGCCGACGCCUCGCCCUCCGACGCGCCCGCCACGCCGCCCGCCGACGCCGAAACCGAGGGCUCACCGGCGACACCGGCACCAGAACAAGCACGUGGGGGUGUGAAGAUCAGGAACAGACUUCAGGUCUCACCGUCGCCUAAGCCACGUGUCGCCGUGACGCCACCAGCUCGGCGCCCCAACCCCCUACUGAAGAGAAAACAGACUACUGAGGCGACGACGGAGGCGGCCAAGCGGGCGUCAACGGAGACCACGGAGGAGAGCACGGGGGGCGAGCAGGAGAGCGCGGAGGGGGGCGAGACGGAGGCGGACGAGCAGCCGCAGCCGGCCGAGACCACGCCGGCGCCGCCGCUGAGGGGCCUCGACGCCCUCAUAGCGCGGCGCAGGGCGGCCGGCAUCGGGGGCCGCGUCGCCAGGCCCGCCAGGGGCGCCCGCCAUAAC